AUGAGCUUAAAUCUGGAUCUCGACUCAUUCCUUACCUGUCCAGGCUAUGAAACUUUACCGGUUGAAGAUGAACGUAUUUUAUCAGAUGAUGAUAUAGUCGAAAUCUUCAACACAGUAGGAGAUGUGUUCAUCUUUCAGGGAGAUAAUGUGAGAAAUGUGUACGAUCUCUUCAUGUCCCAACUAAACUCUCGCGCUAGCAGGUCUUCUUUUUACGUUGCUUUGACUACAAUACAUCGAGACUACGUUGGAACCUCUUCAAACUACAGGAAAUGGCUCAAGGCAGCUUGCAAACAAGAUGGGAGUGAUGGGCCCGAAAGGAUAAUUAAAAACGAAAACAUUAAUACAGCUUGCAAGAUGUACGUAACUGAAGUUGCCUUGUACCUCUUAAUAUGGGGAGAAGCCAGCAAUAUCAGAUUCAUGCCAGAAUGCAUUUGCUUCAUUUACAAGUGCUGUCUCGACUACUAUAUGGCAGAGGACAGGAUCACGAUUGCAAAACCAUUUCUUGACCACACGAUUGUACCUUUGUUUGAAUUCUUGAGGGAACAACAAUACAAACUAAAAGACGGAAACUGGAUUCGGAGAAGGCGGGACCAUGCUCGUAUCAUAGGAUACGACGAUAUGAAUCUGUUUUUCUGGUAUAAUGAAAACCUCCAGAAAUUAGUGGUCGAUUCGGGCAGGCUCUAUGAUAUGGCUGCACUGGACCGAUACCCAUGCUUUGACAAAAUUGAUUGGAACAAAGCUUUCUUCAAAUCCUACAGGGAAGUACGCACCUGGUCUCACCUUUUGACCAACUUCAGUAGGGUAUGGAUUACACACUUGACAAUGUUCUGGUACUUUACCAGUUGCAAUUCACUCUCAUUGUACACAAAAGAAUACAGCCCAGAGUACGACAACACGCCUCCACCUCAUGUUAUUUGGUCAGUGGUUUCAUUAGGUGGAGUAUUAGCAUCGACAAUUGCCCUUGUGAGUUGCAUGAUGGAACUUAGAUUCGUACCAAGAAAGUUUCCAGGAGCGCCAUCUGUAUUGGGAAGAAGUUUACUUCUCAUGGCUCUUCUGGCCUUGAAUCUUGGACCGUCCUUUUAUCUUUUGUGGAUAUUGCCUGCUGAUGUCUAUUCAAGGUCGGGUCACCUAAUAGGGAUCAUUCAGUUUGGGAUUUCUGCUGCCACUUUCCUAUACCUAGUGCUUGUUCCUCCCGCACAAUACUUCUCUUGCAUACUUCCAUCCCAGCCCAAUUCACAUCAUGCUUUUACUUCAGACUUCCAAAAACUCCCCACGAGAACCAAGGCAGUUUCUGCUUCACUAUGGGUUCUGGUAUUCACCUUGAAAUUCUUGGAGUCGUAUUUUUUCUUGACAUUAUCUGUCAAGGAUCCAGUCAAGGUUCUAUCCCAUUUGAGAAUGACUAGGUGUCAUGGUGAUUCCAUAUUGGGUACACUUUCGUGCCGUUAUCAGCCCACAAUAACGCUUGCGUUUAUAUUCGUCACUGAUUUGGUACUUUUCUUCCUUGAUACGUACUUGUGGUACGUUCUCUGCACUUGCAUGCUUUCCAUAGUAAUUGCCAUAAAGAAUGGCAAUUCUAUAUUUACGCUGUGGAAGUCGGUGUUUUCCCAGCUACCGGAAAGGUUGAUAUCCAAAACAGUCAACGUUGACAGCGUGGGAGACGCAAUAGUGGCAGCCAGCCACAUGUGGAAUGCUAUUGUGUACUCCAUGUAUCGAGACCACUUGAUAUCAGUUGACCAAGCCUCAGCAUUAAUGUAUCAACUCCCCGAUACGGACUUUGUUCAAAGUUCAGCUGAUGUUAAGGCACCUAUUAACUUCUUCAGUCACAAUCAUGCUAUCCACUCGGAUGAAUACUUUCCUCAAUUAGGUGAAGCAAAGAGACGAAUCUCAUAUUUUGCACAAUCGUUAAGUUCGCCUCUCUGUAACGCAGAUUUCACCACAGACGCUUGUCCAGCAUUCACCGUAUUGAUCCCACACUAUUCAGAAAGUAUACUUCUUAGCAUCGAAGAGGUGAUCAGAAGAUCUAAGCAAACCCAGAUCACCUUGCUUGACUACCUCAAGAGUUUACUGAGCUCGGACUGGACGAAUUUCGUUCGAGACACUAGAGUCGCUGACGAUGAAAAGUUCGGUUGUAGGUUUCCAAUUCCUCUAACUUCGGAAGGUACAACAGACUAUGAUAAUUUGCCUUAUGAGUAUUACGGUUUCAAAUUCGCAGACCCGGAAAGUACUUUAAGAACAAGGAUAUGGGCAUCCUUACGCUCUCAAACUUUAUACCGAACAGUUUCCGGCUUCAUGAAUUAUAGACAUGCGCUUGCCGAAUUAUACAAAGCGGAGCACGAAGAUUGCAUCAACCACAUUCAUCAUUUGACUUUUGAAGACGAAUUGAAAGCACUCAUAGAAUCUAAAUUUACAUUGCUAGUGUCGAUACAACGACACAGCAAAUUCUCAGAGUCAGAAAUGCAAUCGUUCGAAAUCAUGGCUCAAAAUUUCCCCACAAUGAAAAUAUCAGUUCUCGAGGAGAUCAAAGAGGGCGACAAACUGGUUCAUUAUUGCUCACUAUUGGACUUGGCCAAAAAAGACGAAAGUAGCCAAUAUGGCAGAAAAUUCAAAAUCAGGCUUCCUGGGUAUCCUAUUUUGGGAGACGGCAAGUCUGACAAUCAGAACACAAGUGCAGUGUUCUAUCGAGGAGAGUACAUUCAAGUCGUAGAUUCCAACCAAGACAACUACUUGGAAGAAUGUUUGAAAAUCAAGUCAAUGUUGUCUGAGUUUGAGGAGCUAAAUUUGGCACCAGUAAGAGGAACAUCCAUGACCAGACCUCCAGUUGCAAUUGUUGGCGCUCGAGAGUAUAUCUUUUCGGAGCAAGUUGGCGCCCUUGGAGAUAUCGCAGCAGGUAAAGAACAAACUUUCGGAACUAUGUUUGGUCGAGCACUAGCUUUCAUGGAAGGCAAGUUACAUUAUGGCCAUCCCGAUUUCGUAAACGGGAUCUUCAUGUGCACUAGAGGCGGACUUUCCAAGGCGCAACGUUCACUUCAUUUGAAUGAGGACAUUUAUGCUGGCAUGAAUGCAAUUGCUCGUGGAGGAAGAAUAAAGCAUGCCGACUAUUUUCAGUGUGGAAAAGGCCGUGAUUUGGGGUUCAAUACAAUCUUGAACUUUACUAGCAAAAUCGGGGCAGGCAUGGCUGAACAAACGCUAUCUCGUGAGCAGUUUUAUUUUGGAACUCGGUUACCUACCGAUCGCUUGUUUUCCUUCUUUUAUGCACAUGUUGGGUUUCACAUUAACAAUGUGCUCAUAAUACUCUCGAUUCAUUUAUUCCUGAUAUUCCUCUUUAACAUAGGAAGUCUUCGAAAUGAGAGCAUUGUCUGUGAUACCACAAGUGGACUCACUGAGCCUACUCCCAUAGGCUGUUACAAUAUCAAGCCAGCAAUUGAUUGGAUCAGUCGCUACGUUCUUUCAGUCAUAAUAUGUUUCUUUCUCUCGUUCACGCCAUUGGUGAUGCAAGAGUUUAUUGAACGAGGAGUGUUGAAAACCGCUAAAAGAAUCUUUUUCCACUUAAUUUCACUUUCGCCGUUAUUCGAAGUAUUUGUUUGUCAAGUAUACGCAAGUGCAUUCGUGGAUAAUCGGUCGUAUGGUGGUGCCAGAUACAUUAGCACUGGCAGAGGAUAUGCCAUAUCUCGAAUUUCUUUCGCCACGCUUUAUUCGAGGUACGCAUCGUUAUCAAUUUAUUGGGGCUCACGCUUAAGUUUGAUAAUCAUCUUUGCGUGCAGCACAGUAUGGCAGAUAUCCUUGUUGUGGUUUUGGAUCACUUGCUUAUCCUUGUGCCUUUCACCGUUCAUUUUUAAUCCACAUCAAUUUGACCGAACGGAGUUCUUCCUUGAUUAUAGAGAGUACCUUAGAUGGCUUGGGAGAGGGAACUUUUCUCGAUGCCGUAACUCUUGGGUCCGCCACGUUCGGUUUCAAAUAAUAAAGCUGACUGGGCUCAAAGGACCUGGAAGUAACGAGCUGGAAGACUUAGUUCACCCAAUCUCCAAGUUCAGGUUCGCUAUAUGGAAUUUGGCCAAGGCUAUUCUCAACGUUUUGAGCUUCUUGGCUCCGUACAUGUUCUUGAACUCACAAAAUGGAGUAGCUGAGCCAUCAAAAGUCAAUCCUUUGAUGCGGGUAGCUGUGAUCGUUGCAAUCCCACUAAUCAGCAACAUCAUAAUAUUAGUUGUGCUCUUUGGUAUCUCCAUUCUUCUAGGAUCUAUGAUAAGAAACAAGCGUUUCGCGGAUACUAUUGCAGCAGUUGCUCAUAUCUGGUCAAUCUUGGCACAUGUAAUUGUCAUCGAAAUAACCUGGUACAUCCAUUCAUGGAAUCUUCCACGCAGUUUGGCGUGUAUCUGUCUUGUGAUCACCAUUCAGCGGUACUUGAUGAAGCUUGUGCUAAGUAUGUGUAUUUCCAAAGAGUCAGACAGGUUGGAAGCCAAUUCUGCUUGGUGGUCAGGGCGAUGGAUUCAACACCAUCUAGGAUGGCACAUCUUAUCGCAGCCAUUCCGAGAAUUAGGAUUGAAGUUAGUCGAGCUAAACUUCUUUGCAUUUGACUUUCUUCUAGGGCAUGUCUUGUUUUGCUGCUUGAGCACCAUGCUCUUUAUCCCGUAUAUUGGUCAAUUACACUCGUUGAUGAUGUUUUGGUUUGUUCGUCACAACUCAUUGAAUGUGAGUGGAACACAGCACUUGCAUAGUCGACAAAGGAAGCGCCAACGAAAACAGGCGUGGAGAUAUUUUUUCGUAUUCAUUGGAAUCCUAGUGGGCAUAUCAGCAUUACUUGUUGCUCCGUAUCUUUUGAGAAAAUACUGGGAAUUCUUGGAUAAGUCGAUUCCUACCUUUGCGCAGCCAUUGUUCCAGCCUAGCAACCAGGAUCAAAAUGAUACAGGACCCAGAGCACCUUCGAGCUUCUGGAGCAAAAAACCACCUCCAGCAACAUGGUCUACCAUAUGGUGA